GCGAGCGAGAGAGAGAGAUGCGGCGCGGGCUGCAUAAUUGAGGCGCGGGAAGGGGCAACUUCCCCCGCUCGGCCGAGAUGAACUCUCCCUGCGUCGACGGCGGUACCUAGCGGAUUGGCUUGGUAGCAGCCACUGGAGCAGGGGCGGCUGGGCCCGAGACCGAAUUGUGCUUUGGCCAGAAUAUCAGCGAGACGUGUUGCAAUUAAUGUCUGGGCGCGCUGCUUAAGGACGAGACGGGCCAGCAACAAGAGCGAUGCUGUGAGCCUGCCGGUGGCCAGCCGCGAUAAUGCUCUGCUCGACGCCCUCCACCGUGUCUUGACAGGCUAGAGAAGCACGUAAGAAGUAGGAUGGAUGCUGCGAACGUAUGAGGCUUUCCACCGAGGGGCCACCACCGCCUCAGGGUUUCUUCCGAGUGAACCGCCCGUGUGGUGCUGUGAUCUGGGUCGGCGACCUCGUUUCCGGUGGCCCAUGCCCACGUGUGCAGACUGUGCAGACCAGGUUGCCGCCGCUGCUAUCUGCAAGAGGAGCAGCCAACACCUUCCGAGCAGCACCAGCCUCCCGGCUAGGGGAAAAUGGCCGCCGCCACCUCGGAAAAACACCCUGUUUUUGCGUCUGGAAAUCCUCCUGUUUUUAGAAUACUUUGCCAUGGCGUCAGAGGAUCUGCAGAAGCGGCUCUCGUUGUCAAUAAUCCGAGUAGCGCUGCCUGGUGAUGUCAUCUGGCGCCCAUUCCUGGUGCUAUUGGUGUUAUUUUCCCUUCUUCCACUUUUCUCCGGAUCAGUAUCCGCGGCAAAGGACCCGGGCAAUAUAACUGGCACCUCCUCCACCUCCUCCGCCGCCGUCUCAGUAGAGCUGCUCAAUUCUGCGGCGACGGCGGACGGCCCUCAGGCUGCAGCCUCCACUUUAGCGUCGGGCGCUCCUUCCUUUCCUACUAAAGCUCCAAAGUGCGAUCGGACCUUCGUGAGUCGGCCUGGCGCGCCGCAGAAUGGCACUUUCGAGGCGCCGACCAUCCUUAACCCAACCAACCAAACUCAGUCUCGACAGUGCAUCUACACCUUCAUAGCAGGCCCCAGACAGCGGGUCGAGGUCGGCUUCACCAGCUUUGGACUUCGAGGAACGCCGCCAGAUGGAUCUUCGAUUGGACAUUUGCCAGCGUGCGUCCACGAGUACAUCGACCUGUACGUCGAGAUAAAGGAUAGCAACGUCUCCGACCUGAUCAACUCGCCGUUUGGCGGACGCUACUGCGGUCCGAUCGCACCUCGCAGGAGAAUCUCGCUCUACCGCACUCUUGCCCUCGGAUUCUUCACCGACAAGAACGCGACCUACCCUGAUCUCUUUGGAGGGACGUACUCCUUCAUCAAUGACUCCGAAUAUGAAGUGGGCACCCCUGAGCCAAACACACCUUGCACAUUCACGGUGCACACAGAUGUGAGGCGCACAGGAAACAUUAUCUCCCCCACGUACCCAGGAGUCUACCCCAAGGACUUGACCUGUUCCUACCAGUUCAUUGGGAAGCCUGGCCAACGUGUUCGACUUGAGUUCCGCGACUUUGAUUUGUUCUUCGGAGGCCCUCACUGCCCAUUUGACUAUGUGAAGGUCUAUGAUGGCUUAACUAAUGAAAGUGCUACAAUUGGCACUUACUGUGGACAACAACGAAACCUGGUGCUUUAUUCGAGCGAGUCGUCGCUAUUUGUCUCGUUUGUCACGCUUCAGAGAACUGCCAACACUCAGAACCGGGGCUUCAAGGGGAUAUUUGAGUUCAGCGAGAGUUUUGUCAAACUAGAUUUUAUAAAAAGUGAGGGUGAGCAUAUACGCGGCUCGGAGUGCGACCAGAAGAUUUUGAGCAAGAAAGAAUCGCGCGGGAUCGUGUACAGCCCCAACUACCCGUUUCCCUACAUCCCGAAGAUCGUGUGCCGCUACUUCAUCUACGGCAUGCAGGAUAUGCAGCACCUGGAGAGGGUGCGCCUUAGUUUUGAUAAGUUCGAAAUUCCACGCGGCCAAAACGGAGAGUGCUCAGACGGCUACUUGAAGAUCUACCUGAAGGGCCAAGAGACCAUGGAUGCCUACGACAAGUACGACCACGAGUUCUGUGGCGAGAUGCUGCCGGCGCAGGUUGUCUCUGAUGGGCCUCGACUUGUCAUGGUGUUCAGCAGUGGCGAAGUGCAGGGCCGCGGCUUCAAAGCGAAGUACACUUUUGAAACUGAAUACCGGAUACCUGGGACUGCAGCUCCAGACGGGUCGUGUACAUUUACGUACAGAAGCACUAGCCGUAAGAGGGGCGAGUUCAACUCGCCGCGCUAUCCUUCCAACUACCCUUCAGGCACAAACUGCACCUAUAUUUUUAUUGCCACUCCCAACGAGCAGGUCAACAUCGUUUUUGACCAUUUCAAAGUGAGAGCUGACUCGGCCAACACCACUCAUGGCUCUUACGGCCAUUACUGCCAAGAAGACUGGUUGGAGAUUUACAACAUGUACAAAGACGGCACUGAGAAACUGGUGGGUCGGUACUGCGGCGUGACGGCGCCCGGCCCCGUCGAGUCCAAUCGCGGCGCCACCGGGCUCAAGGUGCUGCUGCACUCGGACGACGAAGGCGUGUUCAGCGGCUUCAAGGCUAGAUACAUGUUCGAAGUGGCCAAAUCAAUAUUUGGAGACUGCGGCAGCAACGUGAGCAGCCAGGAGUACGGCGUGAUCACGAGUCCGAACUGGCCGAACAACUACGAGGGUCCGGAGCGGGGCCUGGCGAGCCGCACGUGCAACUGGUACCUGAGCGUGCGGCCGCGCUUCAAAAUCCUGCUCAACUUUGAGGCGUUCGCGGUGGAGGGCGACCCGCAGAACCGCGGCUGCCCGGCGGCCGUGGUGCGCAUCUGGCGCGGCAACGAGGGCCCGCCGCUCGAGUUGUGCGGCGAGAAGCUGCCGCUGGACCGGACGCAGUUCACCUCCGAGAACCAUGUGAUGCGAAUCAGUUUUAUUUCAGCCGACAAGUCUGUCGGCGCCGUCGGCUUCCGCGCCGUGUGGACUGAAAUGACCGAGUCGCCGGGCUGCGACCAGUUCCAGUGCUCCAAAAACGGCUUUUGCAUCUCGGAGCGCCUCCGCUGCAACAACGUCGACAACUGUGGCUUCGAGGACCGCUCGGACGAGACCAACUGUCACACGGAGCCGCCUUUUGAGCCGCUGGCCAUGCUCGGAGCGGGCAUCGGAGGUGCCGUCGUUUUCAUCCUGGCGUUCUGCAUUUGGUGUCACCGCAAACGCAAGCGCCGGCGCCGCCAGAGCCGGCGGCGCCGCCUGCAGCGCGGCUCCCCAGGCGUCGGCUACCGCGGUAGUUUGGCCGGCAGCCUGGCGGGCAGCAUGAUCGGCAACCUGGCCGCCCCCAGCAGCCUGCCCCCGAGUUUGGCGGGCAGUCUUCCGCCCAGUCUGGCCGGCAGCCGGCGCAGCAUGCAACACGUGUGCGACGCCCCCGAACUCCACUACGCCAGCAGCGUGGACAGUGUCUAGAAAAAUUUAAAAAAAAUCAAUAAAUAAAAAAAUGAAGAAGAGCAGCAGCCGGCUGUCCUGUCUCGUACUGGAUAAAGAAAUUUAAAAUUAUAUAUAUCAAACGCUCAAAUCCACUGAAUAAAAACACACACUUCUAUUUGACACUUUUUGGACAAAAGGACACGUUCGUUCCGUGCGUUGUUGGGAGCCGCAGAUUUAAUCAAGAGACUUUGAUCAUGUAUUGUGCUCAUUUUUAACACUAAAAAAUUGUACAGGUGUGACUCAAGUGAGAAUGUGAGAUUUUAACAUUUAAUUUGGAAUUAAUAAUUUUUUUCGAUUAUAUUUAUUUUUCAACUAAAUAUAUAAUAUACCGGAGCAGUUGCAGAGUUUGGCUGAAAUUACUGUUAUUAAUUUUUUCCCCCGCUACAAUGAUAACAAAAGUGCGAGUCACUGCCAAUCAGCACAAAGUAUUUUACGGAAAUAAGCAAAUUGGGUCUUCCUGUAUAAAGAAAGUUAACGGUGUUGCGCGCAAUUAAUUAUUUUCCUUGGUUAAAUUAUAUUUUCAUUGACGAGCUCCGACUUUGCAAUUGCUAACUGGAAAAAGAUUUGUGAUAGCAUUAGUGCGCUUUACUUAUAUAAUUAAAUACAGCUUAUUUGAUUGAGAUAAAUUUGUAAAAUUAAAAAAUUUUCCUACGUUUUUUUUAUCAAAUUGUUAUGCACACGAAAAUUUGAAAUUAAUUGCGUUUUUAUUGAGUGCUCGGUGGUGAUUGAUUUUGGAUGUGAAAAAUGUUGAAAUCCACGAACUAUAUUAAAAUAUUUGGAAUUGUUGGUUGGAGGGGAAUUAAAUCGAAAUCACCCGAGAACAAAUUUACGAGGGCGAAAGAAGGAGCAAAAAUAAAAAUAAAAAAACGCGUGCAAAGUUUUUGGAAAAUGGGUACAUGUGCCAAAAAUAAUUCAUUGUUAACAAUCAUUUUUAAUAUGAAAUGGAGAGGUGAGGUGAAAAAAAGAAGUGUCAAAACAUUAAAGAGAAUACCUUAAGAAAAAUUAACGUAAAUAAUAAAAAGUGUUUGUUAUCAUUAUUAUUAUGCAUUACCAGGUGUUUAACAAGCUGUGUUAAUUAUAUGCUAACGAAACUUAAAUAAGAUGGAAUUAAAAAGAAGAUAAUCUAAAAAAAGGAUUUAACUUUAAAGAAAAAUUUAGUCAGCAGUUCUUGUCUAUAGCGCGGUUUGUUGGCAAAAUUCACUCACUUGAUCAGUCAGAAUCCUAAAACUUUAAAAUCUGAAAAUUAUUUGGGGCUGUGGCGUGGCUAAACAAAAUCUGGCAAAAAAUGUUUCAUUCAAUACGAAAAAAUCUCUCAAUCUCUAAACUCGCGGACUUGCUUUUAACCAAAUCGUCGCUGCUACUGAUUUAAUCGAUUAGAUAGGAGUGCAUAAAAUAAUUAUGUGUUUGUAGGUGCCUGUCGACGAGUAAUGUUUUAUGUCUCAAACAAUUAUCACAAACUAAUCAUUGACGAGAUUGCGAAAUUGAUUGUCACAUAAUUUCAUUUUUCGACUCAGAUUGUCAACACAUCUCUAAUCACACAAAAAGCAAUUAUACUAAUUACAUCAGAGAGAUACUCAAAAGUAAAAAGUUAUUGUUUGCAUCUUAUAACGCGUAAAAAGUUAUCAAGUAAAGGUUGUUGGAAAAUUUGCAUUUAUCAUGUUGACAUACGUGUAUUGGAGGAUAAUAACGUGACGUUUGCUCACUUAUUUGAACAUACUCGCAAGGCAAAAAAAAAAAAUCAUCACGGAGUUAAAUGUCGCGAAAAUAAAAUACUUGUUUCAUCCUCUCUGUCUCCUGUUCAAUGGCAAUCAGUGCUUUUUUUGGUCUGGUUGAUUUCUUCUCGCCGAUUUACUGUGCAUCAAUGUUAAAUUAAAAAGAGCAUUAUUUGCUAUUGUAUUUAACAAGAAUAUGAAAUAACAAUACAAAUAAAAACCUAAAUGGCAAAAGGAAAUUUGGUGUUGUCAAAAGAAAAAAAAUUCUGUAUAUUAUUUUAAAACGUAAAAAAGUAAAACAUUUUAACAUACACACGGCCGCACUCUGUAAAGUGAGGUUUAUACUUAAUAAAAAAAGAGGAAAUUGCAUUUUGUAAUUUAUAUGGAACUAUCUGUUAAGGCGUGUUAAAUAAUUAUUUAAAGAGAACAUGAUAGUGAAAAAAAACAAA